UCCAGAGCUUCUGCUCCUGCUCCAAUAGCCCUUACCCAACAGAAAGAUGAAGGUCUCUGCAGCUGGAUUGGCUCUCCUCCUCAUUGCAGCCUCUUUCUUCCAAGUUUUCUCUGGCCCAGCUGGACCUGACCACCCAAUCUGCUGYGUCACGUUCACACAGCACAAGCUCCCACGGAGGCUCAUCCAGCGCCAUUAUGUGACCAGCACCAACUGUCCCCAGCUGGCCAUCGUGUUCGUCACAAAGAAAGGCCGCCAGGUCUGUGCUAAUCCCAGAGACAYCUGGGUCCAAAGCUACCUGCAAACCUUGAAGCAGAACUGAGCCAAGCAGGGUGGCAAGCGUAGCUGCUGUCAUGGACAAGUCACGUUAUCCUGAGCUCCAGACACAGAGCAGGACUCUGGGACAACAGGAGAUGCAGGAACGUCUGCAGGUGUCCCCAAGGGACUGCUGGAAGGGCACCUURUGUUGGGGGCUGCUGCUCAUCCUUGGCUUGCAUGGACCAGGCUGCAGCCCCAUCCCUCUGCCUUGCCCACAGGCCAUCAGGCUGCUCCUCUGCUGUUGUAUUAUUUGAAGUUAUUUAAGAAAUUAUCACACUUUUUUUUUCCUGUGGAUUAUGAUAUUAUUUAUAAGGGAGUGACAGGGAGGGUAUUUAUAGGAGGGUGAUCCAGUGUUGGAUGAUGGGAGACCCUGUUUUAUA